CUCCCCUCUCUCUUUCAUUCGGAUACGGACAUCUCGCUUGUCCAUCACUAUUUUUUUUAUAGUGACACAAAAUUUGUCAAAAUACCGUCUAAACUAAAUUGCUUUUUCUUCAUUGUUUCUUUACGUUUUCAUUAACCCGUGCUGCCUAAAUUUGUUUCUUAAUAUAAUUUGAAAUAAUCAUCAUCAGUGGAUCCUUCUAAGCUUAAUUUUUGUUCCGUGGAUUGAGUAAGUUUAAUCGUUUGAGUUCUUGACCUUAGUGACUGAUGCCUUGAUGUUUUAUGUUGUGUAACGACGCCAAAUACUAGAAGACGGACGGUGCCAAGUUUGUGAGUAAUGAGUAAUCGCCAACGUGCUUACUUCAAAUGAAGCUAUAACGCGAUAAUACAUAUAAUCCAUCAUAUUUUUACAGUUAUUGUCAAGCCACUUGUUUCCCCCUAGAAACCUAAUUACGUGUAAAAUAGUCGCCAACACGGGCCGUUUAAAAUUUAGUACUCUAAUAAUGUUGGGUUUUGUUUUAGUUGACUAAAGGCUCACUCAAUCUUAUAGCUGAGCACCCCAGUGGUUGACAUACAAAGCACAGCUGUGCAAACUAAACUGUGUAUGGAAUCUCAUACGAUGCGUACUUCAUAGUGAUUAGUGGCGUCUAGCAGCAGGAAACUUGAGUUCCCAAUGUUAUAAUUGAUGGUACAAUGAGUGAGGAGGCGCAAAAUGAAGCGAGCAAACAGUCCGCGUCGCUCGCAGUGGAGGCCAGCGCGACCGCCGCCGACUGCGGAACACACGACGCCUCCACUCAUGUCUCACAGGCACACAUUGGACAGGUGACAGCCGGAGCCGCCGGCGCCGACGGCGGCAAGUGGAGCUGUGAGGUGUGCACCUACGAGAACUUCCCGCUCUCGAGAAAGUGCACCAUGUGUCGGGCCCCGAAGCCGUGCCUCAAUGAGAACAUCUUCAGCCUGCAGGACGGCGCCAGCGCGCUGCCCACGCAUCACGAUGACUGCGGCGUAGAUGCAGUGGCGGAGCGCUUGAAGCCGCUGCGGAUAUCGUCGCCGCAGGGGCAGCCCGGCGCCUCCUCCCCGCCUAAGUGGUCCUGCGCGACUUGCACGUACGAGAAUUGGCCGCGAUCGCAGAAGUGCGCAAUGUGCGGCGCCGCCAGCACUGCUCUCGCCGCCGCGCCCGCUCCCUCCGCCGCUGUCGCCGCCGCGGCCGCACCCGCUUCCGCUACCGCUCAUGCGAACGCCGCCUCUCCUGCGCCGCCCGCUUCUAGGCCGCACCUGGGUAUCAACGAUUUGUGCGCGUCUCAGGAAGCGGACGUAGACGCGCGGCGCUCCAAGCGGCGCAACAACAAUAUUGACUGGCUGUGGCUGCAGGCUUGUCUCGGGGUAGUGGAGGGCGAGCCGCGUCGCGUGGAGGCCUACCUGCGGGGCGGCGGAGACCCGGCGCGGGCGCUGUCCCCGCCAGAGGUGGCGCUCCUCAACCGCGCCUCCGCCUUCGACGUGGGCCACACGCUGGUGCACCUGGCCAUAAGGUUUCAACGCCAGGAUAUAUUGUCGACGUUAUUGUCGCGGAUCUCCGGCGGCGGGCCGGGUCUGAAGCGGUCGCCCUCAUAUAUCGCGCCGGACCUUGCGGCCGGCAUCCGGCGCCACGUGGCCAGCGUCAUCCGCCACAAGAAGGGCAACUUCCCGUGCCGCUACAUCGCCGAGUUCUGCACCUUCUCGCUGCCGGCAGACAUCGAGGAGUUGCCAGCUGCUAUUCAGGAGCAGCUGUUCUCGGAGCUGCUGGACAAGGACGCGCAGCAGACCCUGGAGGCGGACCCGCCCCUCAUCAACUGGAGCCACGAGCUGACCGUCACCCUGGGGUCUCGCUUGUACGCGCUGUGGAAUCGCUCCGCCGGGGACUGUUUGCCAGACGCGGUCUGCCAGGCGGCGUACGGCGUCUUCGACCGGCAUAACGCUCUGAGGGCCGCGCUCGCGGAGACGCUGCACCACGCGCAUCGGAGUUUCUACGAGCGAUGGCAGGCGUGGGAGCGCGUGCAGGCCGCCCUGCUGCAGUACGCGCCCGACGACGGGCAGCUGCGCGCGGAGUGGGCCCGCCUGCUGGCCGCCGCCGCCCGCCCCCACGCCGCCCUGCACCAGUUGCACGUUUUCGCGCUGGCCCACGUGAUGCGGCGCCCCAUCGUGGUAUACGGCGUCAACGUGGUCAACUCGUUCCGCGGCGAGGCUCUCGGCUAUGCGCGCUUCCAGGGGAUCUACCUGCCGCUGUUAUGGGAGCGCGAGUUCUGCUCGCCGUCGCCGCUAUGCCUCGGCUAUACGCGCGGCCACUUCAGCGCUCUAGUACCCAUGGAGCCCUACCCGCGCGCCUAUAUAUGCAGAGAGCAACAAGAGGAGAGCGAGGAGAUGACGUUCCUGCCGCUGACGGACUGCGAGGGGAAGCUGCUGCCCGUACACUUCCUCACCUGCGACGAGAUGUCAGACGAGGAGGGAGUAGUCCGGCGCUGGCUGUCCGCUUGCGUUACGAGCGGCGGCGUGCUGGCGGCCACGCAGCGGCUGCACCCGCGGCCCCUGCUGCAGGCGCAGAUGUUGGAGGAGUGGCUCAACCACUACCGCCGGCUGCAGCAGCAGACGCGUGGCCCAUUUCCGCCGCGGCUGCAGCGCGCCGCUCCCGACUAUUCCAGUGGGCCCGACACCGACGACGAUUGACUGCCCUGUGCCCCAUGCCCCGUGCACCGUGCCCCGUGUCCUACACUACACUACAUUACACAGCACUUGCCCGCACUCGCGCCACAUCUUCCCUUACAAAACAACUUCAAAGAAACUACUUUUAAAUUGUAAGCUAAUUGCCGCCUUAUUUCAAAACGUUACCAAAAUUUAAAUAAAUGCUUGCAAGUGUUCAGCGCUUGUCGUGGCAGUUUCUAAUCAUGGCCACACUACAAUUUUUAAUGUCCAACCGUGUAAUUUUAACAUGUUUUAGUCUUGGACGUCUCGUAAACUGUCCUUAAAUAAAUAAAUAAAAAAACGUUUGAUUCCGGUUCCGGUCGGGCGCAUGUGUACGGUUUCCUGAUCAGGGGGCCAUUCGCCUAAGGGAAAUGCUUUUAAAAACGCUUACGAUUUCAUUUUGUUAUUUCUAGCCGCGUGAGGUUUUCGAAUGCCUCGCGCUCUUUUUGUUUCCUUUUGCAUUGGUAAUAACAAUAUUUAAAAAAAUGAACGCGAGGUACUUGAAAACCUUCGACGGUCAGAAUUAAAAAUAAAAAUGUGUGCGUGUACUAGUGUACACACGUAAGAAGUGAAACUUCUUUAUGGCCUUACUUUUUUCGAAAAAUGAUCUACAUGCAACUUUCCAGAAAUAUAUAUAUAGGCGUGCGCUAAGAUUUUUCAAAAACUCACCCAGUAAAGGGGUAUAACUACACCUUACCUUACCUUACCUUACCUUACCUUACCUUACCUUACCUUACCUUACCUUACCUUACCUUACCUUACCUUACCUUACCUUACCUUACCUUACCUUACCUUGUGUGAAACACGAAUAUUUGCUGUCGAUACUUUUUCUUUUUAAAGUUGACAGAAGAAGCAGUUGUUCGGAUGAGGUAAAUAGUGCUCUUUUAAAAAAAAGAUGGCGCGUAACCAAAAAACGUGACGCGUAACCGAAAAAAAUGUGACGGUAAAUUUUUUUCCAACGCCGAUAAAGAAGUUUCACUUCAAAAUAAAAUGGAAAGCGUUAGCUUUUUCCUAAAGCAUUUCCGUUAGGCGAAUGGCCCCCAGCAGUUCCGAUUCGGAGACAUGAAUGCUGGCCCCACUCUUCCCAUUUUUUAGAAUGGAAAAGUAACUAACUAUAUUUUCGAAAAAUGUCUAUAAAAAUAAGCGGACGUCAGCUGUUUAGGUCACGGAAUUCCUGAUCAGGACACCGUACAAAUCGGUGUGCGCCCAUCCUAAACUUGUCUAAAACUAAUACUGCUGUCAUAUUUUUUUGCUUCAAAAAAACAACAACAGCUUUGCGUUUAAACCGAGACUUACUUUUAUCUGCGUUUUGGAAUAAAGCGAAGGGCUAAGUUAAAAAUAAAAAAUAAUUCUUUCGUAUAUUCUUAUUCUACACUCAACUAAUAAAAUAGCAUUUCGAUUUGGAUUUUAUACAAUGCUUGACAUGAAGUUUUGGAACCGUUUCUAACGUAAACGCUGACGAGAGUAGAUCUACUUCAAUGAUAAAGUCUUGCAAACCAUAGAAUUCUGAAAAAGGUUGGAAAAUACCAUUGCGAUAAAAUCACAUGCUUCAUAACACGAUUGACGAUUAGUUGUCAGAGAUUUGAAUUGAAUUAAAUGCUUGUUACGAUGACGUAUUGUAUUAUCCCAUUGGCAUAACAAUGAAAAUUGAAACGGCAUUCGGUAACUUUAAAAUUAAAUAUUAUAAUUAAUCUCUAAGUUGAACUGUAAGCAUUGUAUUAAAACAUUAGACUUAAGUUGUUUCAUAAUUAGAGCUCAAAAUCACGUAACGAAUGAUAAAAUUGUAGUGCGAUGCGUGCAAGUGCUUGUGUCGACGUAACUUUAACUUGAACUUUAACUUUAACUCGUUCGCGGUUUAGUUGUUAACACAAACCGACCGACAAAAUCGUCGUAAUUGUAGCUGUAAGUAAGCUUUGCUCAUUGGGAGGAGUGGAUCGUUUAUUUUAAAUUUGAAUUUACUUGUACUAGUAGCACUUAUUGAAUUGCAAUGAUAUAUAUAUUUUUAAUAAAUCCCUUAGUAUAUAUACAGGCUGUGACAAAAGUCCGAAAUAAAACUUGAGGGUUUGGUUGUGUUGCUUGUAUAGAAUUACCUACGAAAGUUUGACGCCUUUCAGACCACUUUUAUUUUCUAAUUAAAUUAAUAAAAAUAUCGUUUUACACCUGCCUAUGACAACCCUAUAAAUGCGUACGAUUACUACUAUCUAAACAGACCCCCCUCUCUCCCCCAGGCGCCCCUGCGCCUCGCUCAGAUACCUACAAAUUUCUAUUUCGGAAUACAUACCUACAAAUUUUAUUUCGGAAUUCUGUAACACCCUGUAUAUAUAAAUAUGCGGCAACAUCGAGGCGAGACUGCGAGAGUGGUUAGGUGGUGGUAGUGUCGGUCUUUCUGUUUCGCUUCGACAGAGCCGUGCAUGAUGCUAUUUUAGUAUAAUAUAUAUAUAUAUAUAUAUAUAUAUAUAUAUAUAUAUAUAUAUAUAUAUAUAUUAGGCGUCGCCCGCCGCCUUAACCAGGGCAUGAAGCGGAUGCUUCGUACAAAAAUUAAUUACUUCACUUUAGAUGGAUUGCUUAAUUUUUAUAUAUUUAACGGUACAAGUAUCUAUGUUAAAGGUUUCAAAAUGUGAAAAAUAACAACACGCGAUUCCAUUGUUCAAAUUGUGUUCAAUCUAUUUUCUCUUUCCUGGUAUCAGUAAUACACUUAUGCAUGCAUAUACACAGUAAUGUCACUCUUGUGGCGUUGUAAUUGAGUACAUUUUUGCAAUUGCCAUUAAUGCAUGUUGAUUUACGAUACAGAUAUUUUGUAUUCAUCAUCCAUGCAACACUUUCAAUAUUUUCACUAAUGUUUUUCUAUUUCUCAUAAGGAAUGGUUUAAAAAAAUACUCAACAAUACUUUUAGAUGGUUCGAAGAUUUUAAUGUGUUUUGUUCAUAUUGAUUAAAAUGUUUGAUAAAACCACAUUAAUGUCUACUCAACUACAGAAGUUUAAACAUAUUCCUCAUGUUUGGAUACAGAGAGGAAAGCAGCCAAUGAGAAAUUUAAUUAAUUACAAAUGCUACCUAGAAAAAUAAAUCAAUCUUAAAUAUAUCCGCAAUCAAACUUAGAAAUUCUAAAUAUGUACAAAAAAUUACACUCGCUCCGCGUUUGAGACGGAAUUCAGAGCUGCACCCUCCCCGUGGAUUGCAGAAGAUGAGGGUUCGCAUCCCCCAUGAAACCUGGAGUGAGUGAAAUUUUUUCUAGUAAUUUCUUUCUUUAAAUGAUUAAAAUACAAAUAUAAAUACCUACAAAGUACACCCACGGCCGUACUCAGAGAUGCGUAAAUGUAAUGCUUGUCAAAAUGACGUGUUUCUUUUUAAAUUAUUCUGGCCUGGAGACUGAGUCCUUAAGCCGACAGUGACGUGUUGUCUCAAUGAGGGCUACCGUUUUCUGCCUCACCAGAUGGCGCCACUGUUGAGUGAGGUCCUAAAUUGUAACUUUUAAAGUUUAUUAAUACGCACAUGAAAUCAAAGGUUACAUUUAGAUCGUAUUUUAACACAACACAACCAUAUCCUAAACACAAUAGGCCAUGCCACAGUGACGCCCAGUUCCGUUUUAUUCGGAAAAAAUGGGAACAUAAUCAUUUUUCUAAGCUCAAAUUUUUAAUAACUGACAUUCAUUGCCACAUAACUCAUAUUUGCUAUAAUUAAGCCGAAUUGUUACCAAUUAUUCACAACAUUAUUUUAAUCAGAAAUAAACCCGCGUAGUCAACCAACAAGCAAUGACAUUUGACAUUUCGGAGACCUCACGCUACACUAGCGCCUCUAGCGGCGGAUUCGUACGCGAUAGCCCUCAUUGGAGUCGCUCUAAGUUGCUACGUCUCUGAGUGAGGCCAUUUAUGCGUUACGCACUGUAAGGUUCACAUAAAAAUAUAAUUAUCAAUUCAAUGUUUCGAAUUAGAAAUUUGUUAAGUGUUUAACUUGCGACAGCUCUGUUAAGUGUUGGCAUUAUUCAAACUGUCUUCAUAUUGGUUAUUGAAGAUAAAUAGAAGGAGACAGACGCUCCACGACACUCUGCUGUUGUUCUGAAUAUACGAACAUUAAGAUGAUUCGAAUAUGAUACUAAAAGAAUAUAUUUAUUGGGCAUUAAAUAGUGCAAUUGGAUGUAGAUUCUUCUUUAAUAAAAAAAAAUAUUAGCAGAUUUGUAAGAUUGUUUCGAAAUAACUCGAUUAUGUAGGGUGUAAUGCGUAUAGAGAUACGUUUAGAGUAGUUCCCAGGGUCCCAGGUCCCCAGGGUCCCAGGUCCCCGGUAUCGCUAGAACAGAAGGCGCGGAGCAUUGCCCGACAGAAGCGAGUUUCAAAUUAUAUGUGACCGAUGGUGUGAAUAACAGAGUCUAUUAAAACGUUUAACUACCGUGUACAGAGAGUUUUAAGGUUCUAAUAUUUAUUAUUAUUAUUAUUAUAUAUAUAGUUUCUGUUGUAAAUAGAUCUAAGUCGGUUCGCGAGGUAGUUCUCUAGGUGUAUAAAUAACGCUGUUAGCUAGGGUUUGCUCGCUGUCACGUUUAGUGCUAGAAAAAUUCGCUGUUCGUUCCUUCUCAACUUGGAUGUUGCGGGAUACCGGUUCCGUGGUCCAGUGCGAAAUUAUAAUGUAGUUGAUUCCUACUGAAAGUCAGAUCUUAAAUUUAUUUUGUAAGUAGUGAUUUAAUAUUAUUGUAAUUUUUAGUCACCGUAAGCAUGAGCCGGCAGUUAUUAACGUUACACAAAGUUUAUUUGUUAAAAACUAUUGCUAAGUUAAUAUGUACCUAAUUAUUAAAAAAAAAAUGUGUGUGUCAGCUCCGACGCACGACUGGAGUUUACUCCUUAAGUUCGAUAGUCUAACCAGACGCAAAAAGAGUUUAUUUAACUUAAAAAAGAUUGAUACUGUAUGAAAGGGUAAAUUAACAAAUUAAUGAAAAUAAUAUACAUAUAUAAAUAUGUAUUUAUUCAUUUCAUAUACAUUUAUUAUAACUAAUCGACGAAAUAUUUUACAUUAAACUUUUUACAAUAGUCAAUUUCAGAUGUGCAUAAAUAUAUCAUUAGGAAUGUUGAUAAAUAAUGUAAUCAUUAUUAUCAGACUAUUAUCAUUUUUUUAAAUAUUAGUUAAAUCAACAUUUUCUGCAUUAUUAAUUACAGUGACAAGUGGUUUAUGGUAACUAAAAUAAGACACGUGGACGUUCGUCGAUACGUGGUUCACGAAUCUUGAAAAUACCGCAUCAAUGGUUGUACCAUACCUCGUUGUCCCCAUUGCUCUAUCAGAAACAAUAUCUAAAUUCAGUUCAGAUUUUAAAAAUUUUAUUAACGUCAAUCCGUCAUCUUUGUUUGUCAAAGUUGCGCGACAUAGGAUGCACACCAAAAACGUAACGAGGUCAUUCAUCGAUAGAUUUCACUCGUCACAUUUUUCUCAUACCGGGCCCCUUAUAUAUGCAAAUCGAUUCUUAAGGAGUAAACUCCAAUAAUAUGAUACUCACUUUGCCUACAGAGAUCGCAGGACAGUGUUGCGGAUAUUGUUAAUUGUGAUCACCUUGAUGUAUUAAUUUAUUAGUACUACCGAGCGGUGGCGGACUAAGCCAAUCGGAGGCCCGGGGCGGCAAAGCAGAAAUAGGUCCCCAGCUUUAAAUAAAGUAGUUUACUAUAGUUAUAAUUUUUGUUAUUUUAAAGCAUGUAACUGCUUGAUGUUUCAAUCUAAAGAAAAUAUAACUAGAAAAAAUUCUACGCGGACCAGGCAGCAGACGGGACUCGAACCCGCACCCUUCGCAAUCCGGGCUUUUUCUUCUUUCAAAUGCUAUUUCUUCUUUCAAAUGUUUAAUACUUGUAAAAGUAUUCAUUUGACAUUGUGGGUUACCUAUAAUGCGAAGAGAUGGCGCUGCCUUGCAGCUUAAGAAUGGCUAGAAGAAUUUCGACGCGGUCUGUGACGGCCGCGGUAGCAUAAUUGGUCAGUGCAUUCGCCCGGAUUGCGAAGGGUGCGGGUUCGAGUCCCGUCUGCUGCCUGGUCCGCGUAGAAUUUUUUCUAAUUAUAUUUUCUUUAGUAGUUUACUAUGUUUAUUUCGUUAAAUCUGGCAAGUGAAAUUUAAAUAAGAAUUAAAUUAUUUCGGCAAAAUAAACAUACAUACCUACAAUAUGGAAUGGCUAUGGGUAGGAAAAUCAAAUACGAAUCAUCGACAAAAACAAAAUACUAAACUAAAUCAAAGAUUUUUUUUUUUUAAUUUUUGGUAGCGUUUAUAUGAGUUUGCGUGCCUUCAAUUUACUGAACUCUGGCCGCGGUAGCAUAAUUGAUCAGUGCAUUCGUCCGGAUUGCGAAGGGUGCGGGUUCGAGGCCCGUCUGCUGCCUGGUCCGCAUGGAAUUUUUUCAAGUUAUAUUUUCUUAACAUUUUUAAAGUUAUGUUUAGGUUCUGAUCAGGGGAAUUCGGAGACAUUUGGAGGCCCCCCAAGAUCGGAAGCCCGGGGCGGGCCGCCCCUUCCGCCCCCCUGUUAGUCCGCCACUGCUACCGAGAUAGCAGUGUUACAUUGUUUUAAAAAUUCUAAUAUAAAAAAAACGAGGUAAAUAUUUUGUUAUUUUUUUUUCUCUAAAAUUUUGUAAAUAUUUUUCACCAUCAUCAGAUCUUGUUUGUAAUAACACAAACUGUGUACCUAUUGUCUACUAAUUUUAAUCAAUAUAAAGCACUUAUUUUAUGAAGCUGUU